CUCACCAAGCUGUGGACGCUGGUGGAGGACCCCGACACCGACUCGCUCAUCUGCUGGAGCCCGAGCGGAAACAGCUUCCAUGUGUUUGACCAAGGCCAGUUUGCCAAGGAGGUGCUUCCGAAGUACUUCAAACAUAACAACAUGGCCAGCUUCGUUCGGCAGCUCAACAUGUAUGGCUUUCGAAAGGUUGUCCACAUCGAGCAGGGAGGUUUGGUGAAGCCAGAGAAGGACGAUACUGAAUUCCAGCAUCCGUAUUUCAUCCGAGGCCAGGAUCAUCUCCUGGAGAAUAUCAAGAGGAAAGUAACCAGUGUAUCCAGUAUAAAGAAUGAGGAUAUAAAGGUUCGACAAGACAAUGUAACCAAGUUACUGACUGACGUCCAGGUGAUGAAGGGAAAGCAAGAGAGCAUGGACUCCAAGCUGAUAGCCAUGAAGCAUGAGAACGAGGCGCUGUGGAGGGAAGUAGCCAGCUUGAGGCAGAAGCAUGCCCAGCAGCAGAAGGUUGUCAAUAAGCUCAUCCAGUUCUUGAUUUCAUUGGUGCAGUCAAACCGUAUCCUUGGAGUGAAGCGGAAGAUCCCUCUGAUGUUGAACGACAGCAGUUCAGCACAUUCCAUGCCCAAGUACAGCCGCCAGUACUCUCUGGAGCACGUCCACGGCUCAUCCCCAUACGCAGCUUCUUCCCCAGCAUACAGUGGCUCCAACCUGUACUCCCCAGACUCAUCAGCCAACUCUGGCCCCAUUAUCUCUGAUGUGACAGAGCUCGCCCAGUCCAGUCCCUCAGCCUCCCCCAGCGGCAGUCUCGAUGAGAGGAGCAGCCCUGUGGUCCGUAUCAAAGAAGAGCCCCCGAGCCCCUCUCGCAGCCCCCAGAUCGAGGAAGCCAGCCCUGUGAAUCCUUCGGCUGUGGAAACCCCACUGUCUCCCUCCACCUUCAUCGACUCCAUCCUCCAGGAGAACGAACCCAGCACCACCACUGCUGCUGCCAGCAACAGCACCACGCAGCCUCAGCCCCCAGAAAAGUGCCUCAGCGUUGCCUGCCUCGACAAUUUGACUCGCACUCCGCAGAUGUCAGAGGUCACUCGUCUUUUCCCCAGUUCUUCCUCUUCCUCACAUCACUGCAGAGCACAGCAAGGGAACGAGCUAAAUGAGCAUCUGGACACCAUUGAUUCCAGCCUGGAUAACCUUCAGACCAUGCUGACCACGCACGGUUUCAGCGUGGACACGAGCGCCCUGCUGGAUCUGUUUAGCCCUUCAAUGACGGUUACAGACAUGAAUCUUCCCGACCUGGACAGCAGCCUUGCCAGCAUUCAGGACCUCCUCUCCUCCCAGGAACAGCAGAAACCUACUGAGACAGAGGCCAGUGCAGCAGACAUGGGAAAGCAGCUGGUGCACUACACAGCCCAGCCCCUCUUCCUGGUGGACUCAAGCGCCGUCGACAUGGGAAGCGGAGACCUGCCCAUCUUCUUCGAGCUGGGGGAAGGGCCGUAUUUUACAGACGGGGACGAGUACUCGGAAGACCCCACCAUCUCCCUCCUGUCUGGGACUGAGCAGGCCAAGCCCAAGGACCCUGCGGUAUCCUAAAGCUGAAUGUAGGGCAAGAGAGAGAUUGCACACUAAAGGGAAGCCCGGCCCUCAGCCUCCUCGCUUCGCACAGACAUUGCAAGCUCUAAACACCCUCUGGUUCAUGUUUGCUUCCCUGGCACUGUGAGGAUUUCAUUUGUGUGUGCGCUUAAUGAGGUGUUUGAAAUCUGCUUUAGAGUCUAGCCACCCAGUGCUCCUCCGGCUGGCAACCCUGGGGGGCACGGCCGUGCCACAGGCCCCCGACCCGUGCUCCCCUUCGACCUGCCACAGAGGUUAGACAGGCACCGUGGCCCGGAGAAGCAGACAGGAGGACCUGGGUGGUCACAAAACAGCUAGUCACUAAGUGAUGUUUGUGUUUUGUUCCGCGCCCGCCGAGGGGGGCAGCCGCGCCCUGCGCAAGACCCCAGCAGCGUCCAGCGGGCGCUUGCUCCCCGCCAGAGCCGGGGCGUAGGGCAGGGCUGCACCACGCUUCCACGCUCCCGGGACCGCGCGGCGCACUCGGUGUGUACGGGGAGGGUGUGUCCGAGGGGGGACCCCCAGCCUCCCCCUAUGGCGGACUGGAUGGUUUUUAAAGAGAAAUAAAAGUUUCCCAACCUGG